UUAAAAGGAUCUAAGGCUGCAAGAUCAACAUGGCAUCUCAGGUCGCACAGACGGUCUUGCGACUGGAUGCUGAAUCAGUUCAGGCACUGAAAGAUGGCAUUAAUUUCCAGAAAAACACUGAGGAUGGCAAAUGUUACAUCAUUUACAAAGACAAAGACAAACUCCGUGCAUGCAGGAACCAGUGCAAGCACCAGGGUGGACUCUUCAUUAAAGACAUUGAGGAUAUUGAUGGCAGAACUGUGCGCUGCACCAAACACUACUGGAAACUUAACGUGGCCACAAUGGAGUACGUGAACCCACCCGACAGUUUCAUGCAGGAUGAACUUGGU